GCCUUUGCUUGAGACCUUGAGUCCAACAUUUCUUGUUAUUUCUAUUACCAACAUGACCCGUGACGGGAAAGUGGGGACAUCUUGCAGGUAAAGAAGGUUUCUAGUUUCAUCACUGAUCUUUUGCUUCUUUCUUGACCAGGGAGAUGAGGAUUCUAUGGCGCCACCUCUUGGGUGCAGUAAGGACACCAUUAGUAUAGGAAGAGAAGAAAUCCUCUCAAGGUGAUGACCUUGCUGAAUUCUUGGCCUCACUUACAGAUAAGAAAGGAAAAAAGAAGAGCCAAGUAUCUGUGUUGCAAUUCAACACCCAUAUCACUAUUGACAUGAAGGAGAACGCUUCUGAAGGCCUGGAGUGUGGAAAGUAUUUCACACAGAGGGAUCAUCUCCAGCACCAUGAUUCAUACUGGUGAGGAGCAUAGACAUCAAAGAACUCACACGGGGGAGAAACCCUAUAAAUGCUUGGAGUGUGGAAAGAGCUUCAGUUGGAGUUCACAUCUACAUUUACAUCAAAGGACUCACACUGGGGAGAAACCCUAUACAUGUCUGGAGUGUGGAAAGAGCUUCACUCAAAGUGGAAAUCUACAAUCACAUCAACAGACUCACACUGGAGAGAAACCCUAUACAUGCCUGGAAUGUGGGCAGAGCUUCAUUCAAAGUGGACAUCUACAUUCGCAUCAAAGGGUUCACACUGGGGAGAAACCCUAUAAAUGCCUGGAGUGUGGACAGAGCUUCACUGAGAAUUGUAGUCUACGUUCGCAUGAAAGGAUUCACACUGGGGAGAAACCUUAUAAAUGCAUGGAAUGUGGACAGAGCUUCACUCAGAGUUCACAUCUACAUAGACAUCAAAGGACUCACACUGGGGAGAAACCCUAUACAUGCCUGGAAUGUGGACAGAGCUUCACUCAAAGUGGAAAUCUACAAUCACAUCAAAAGGCUCACACUGGGGAGAAACCCUAUACUUGCCUGGAAUGCGGACAGAGCUUCACUCAUAGUAGAAAUCUACGUUCACAUCAAUGGGUUCACACUGAGGAGAAACCAUAUAAAUGCCUGGAGUGUGGCAAGAGCUUCACUUACAGUUCAAGUCUACAUCGGCAUCAAAGGACUCACACUGGGGAGAAACCCUAUACAUGUCUGGAGUGUGGACAGAGCUUCACUCAAAGUGGAAACCUACAGUCACAUCAAAGGACUCACACUGGGGAGAAACCCUAUAAAUGCCUGGAGUGUGGACAGAGCUUCACUCAGAGUCGAAGUCUACGUUCGCAUCAAAGGAUUCACACUGGAGAAAAACCCUAUAAAUGCAUGAAACAGAGCUUCACUCAUAAUUCAGGUCUUUAAGAGUUGAAAUCUACAUAGAUACUGUGUAUUACAAUGGCACACUAUUGUGUCAUGGCACACAGUUUGGAAAGCUCUGAUCUGAAACAUACAAAGGCAAUACUCGUUAAUAUUGUUGGGAUAUUUUUAUGAUAUCGUGGUGCUUUUUCAGAAAGGCCAGAAAAUAUUGGACUGGACAAAAAUAUAUGAUAUUGGAUAAAAAUUGUGUUGCGGGAUAUACUUUACCCGAUGUUCAUUCGAGUACAAUCAGGAAGGAAGAGAAUGGAGACAGCAAUCGAUUCCAAACCUUUGCUGCUAUCUUGCAAGAUAGGGUGUACAGAACAAAAGACUGUCACAAUUUUGAUGUCGCAAUUGCUUCAGUAUUUAUAGCAUAAAAUCACUUUUCCACACAUGUGCAGAAAGAGUCUGACAUUUACACAGUGCAAUCAUUAACAGGUGUUUCCAUGUAUAGUUGCCAAGGACAAUCUUAUCAGGUCUUGGCAGCCACGUUGUGAACCAAAACAUCUGUUGGAUUAUGUAACUUAUCCCAACCUUUACCUGUUAGCCUAAGAUGACUCGUAUAAGUUCAAUUACUUAAAUCUCUAAUUGAAUUAUAACUUUUAUAUGCUUAUAACAUAAGAUCUGAUCAAGGCAAUCCCCUUUAGUUAAUUCUGCCUUAAUAACUUCAUUAUAACUUAUUUCUUAAUAUGAAUAAUCAUGAAGGAAAACAUUAGGAUGAAGCUUUUCUGAAAUUGCCUGCUAUUUACAUUAAGUGGUCAGAAGAUGGCGCUCUCUCACCAUAUGACCUUAGAUGUUCCAAGUCUUGAAUCGAUAAUAUUGAUCUCUUUGUCCUGCCAAAUUUCUCUUGUUGACUUCAUAUCUAAGUAAACAUCAGCCUAGAGCAAACUUAGACUGACCAGUGACGAUCAAUAACAUCUGCUAGUUUUCUCAGGCUUGCAAAUUCCCUCAUAGAAAUGCUCUUUUCCUUUCCCAUAGCCGGAUUUCCCUUUCGAUGGAUCGGAAUGCUUGACAGUCAUCUAGAAACAUUUGGAAGAUGCCUAGAAUAUAUUAUAACUGCAGCAAGCAUCAUUUAUCCUCAGAGAUGGGAGGAAAUUGUUACCCCAGACAAGAAGAAUGACUAAUUGAAAUCUACGACCGAUCUGAGAUGGAAAAAGUGACUGUUUAUUCAAGGGAAAUCUUUGAGCAACUUCAAGAAAGAUUGGGACUUCUUUAUCACUUUUUCACAACACUUACUUACUUAGGCGAUCCCUCAUAGACCGAGGAUGAUCAUCCUCCAAGUGUAGUGUGUUGGCGCUGGGUCCGUAGAUGGCUGUGGAGCCCUAUUCUUGAUCCGCAUGUUCUCCCGCAGUGACGACAUCGGUUUUCAUGUGGAAGGCGAUCCUGGUCAGGGUUGGUUUGACACGCCUUCCUGUGGACACGUUUCUCCCUUUCGCCCUCCAUUCAUGCCUCUUCGAAUUUUGCAGCACUGCUGGUCACAGCUGACGUCCAGCUAGAGCUCUCAAGGGCCAGGUCUUCCCAGUUCUCUGUGUCUGUGCCACAGUUUUUAAUGUUGGCUUUAAGCUCAUCUUUAAAUCUCUUUUCCUGUACACCAAGAUUACAUUUCCCCUCCUUGAGUUGGGAGUAGAGUAACUGCUUUGGGAGACAAUGAGUGGGCAUUUGGGCAAUGUGGCCAGCCAAGUGGAAUUGAUGGUGGAGGAGCAUCGCUUCAAUGCUGGUGGUCUUUCCUUCUUCCCAACACACUGACUUUUGUUGUUGUGAAAAUACGCAAUAACAAAUGUCAGCGUAUUGUCGAAGGCUUUCAUAGCUGGAAUCACUGGGUUGUGUUUUCCGGGCUGUUUGGCCAUAUUCCAGAAACAUUCUCUCCUGACAUUUCGCCUGCAUCUGUGGCAGGCAUCCUAGGAUGUUGUGAGGUCAGACCUUCUUCAGUGUAAAUGUGCUUAUGUAUCCUUCCAAUAAUCACCAUAGCUUAUUUUAACUAUACAUUUUGGGAGAAGUACUGUGUGUAUAUGAAUAAGGAAAAGUGGGAAAGACUGGCGCCGAGAGAGGAGGAGAGGAAGGCGUGUUCUGUGCAAGAGAGGAGGAGAGAAAGGAGACCUGGGUUCCUCUGUGGAGAGGUGAGAAUCCUGGCAGGAAGGCACGGGGUUAAAAGAAGCCCUUCUUUCAGUCCUACAUCUUCCCGCCAGGACCUUCACCCGUGUAAAAGCCGAGGGGGGGGGGGUCCUUUCAGCCUAAAAAAAGGCUGAAAAACUAGACUUAUACUCAAGCAUAUACAGUAUAUAGCAGAGUUUCAGAGGUGUUCCUUUUGUUAGAGUUAAUUUCUUCAGCAACAAACAAUAAGUGGUGCAAAGAUCAAGGCAGCAGGGAACGAGAGCCACACCAUCUGGCCAACAUUAUGUGGUUACAGCCACGGUGGGGCAGCUGUAAGGGGAAUAAAGGAGCAAAAGCACUACUCCUUGCUGUGGGUUUUUGGAAUGGGUUGUUGGAGAAGUGUGGAGAAGGGCGGUGCAUUUGGUGGAGUUGGGAUGAAGGAGAUUGGAGUUCUACGAGGCUUGUUGCUGAAAGAAAAUAAUUGGAAUCUGCAUGUAUAUAUGUCUUUUUUAAUAAACUCUGCAAAAGACAAAUGACUGAGUUUGCUCCUUGGUCAAAGGCAAAAGGCUUCUGCAUCUGUGAGUCAAUUUUAAUUUCCCUCUUUUUAUUUUUUUUAAUCUUUUCUUCCAGGUAACUAAAUAACAUUACUGAUUUGUUCCAAUUAAUUUGUAGAACUGAUACUUUCCCAAAUUCUUCUAGGAAAUUUUCAUGUUUUCCCCACUGUUGUAUUAGGUUUUCCACUGAUAAAAGAAUAUCAUCUGCCAAUAAAUUAACUAUAUAUUUUUA